AUGGAGACGAAGUUGUGUGAAAGUGCUUCUAAAGUCCUGGGUGCAAUAAGACAGACGAUUGCCUCUGAAAGGAUGGAGGGCACGCCGGAAAACAUUGUCAAUGCAGCAAUAUGCACGUUUCUGGAAAUGAUUAGGAGAAACGACCACUCAAAAGUGCAGGAGCUUCUUCAGAUAAUUCUUGCGCAUAAGAACUACAUUUCCGAAGAAAACAGCGGCGAGCUGAUCAGAAGAGUUCUUUUUUCCUUCAAGGAGAAGAAGAUCUACCUCCAGGGAUUCCGCAUAAUCAAGAACUUCAUAAAGAAUGGGAGAUAUCAUAUGCAGCAUUUCAGAAUUCUUGUGGAGGAGUGCUUUGGAAGAAAGGGAUUUAAGACAAGAUCGGUGGAGCUGGCGAAGAGGUAUUUGGAGAUAGGGGAGUUCAAGAGGGAGCUCCUUGAGUACAUCUCCAAGCUCAGGAGCGUUGACCAGAUAAGACACAUUAACUGUUUUUUUGAUUCGAUCAUGGAAGAGGUUGGCGUGGAGUCGAAGCUUGACGAGUUUGUGGGCCCGGAUCUUUUCAACAGAAUUGAGCCUGAAGAAGCUAGAGAGCUGUAUUCCGAAUGCUGUGACCUUCUCUACAACUAUACACUAGAAAAGAUGAAGGCACCCGAGCCCGAUGAAAGGGUCUUUGAGUACAUAAUGAAGAAGCUUUUGAUACUCUUUGAAGUCUCUCUUCCUAGAGGAGGAAAGCUCCUGAAGAUAUUCUCGCUGUUGGCGGAGAAGGACUUGGUCAUUUCUUUAAGGACCGGGAUGCAUCUGAUGAGGCUUGACGGCAACCUCAAAAAGGAAGUUGUGAAGGAGAUAUGUGAGGCGAAGUUGAAGAACGACCAAAUAUACGAGUUUAUUAGGUCCAUCAGGCACAUUCUUGUCCCUGAGUUCAUGGACUUGAUAAGGCAUAUGGCAAGGUGUUUUGUGGAAGGAGAUGAUAGAUACCGAUUUUCGCUUGGAGCCAUUGCAGGGAUUAUAGGGCUGGAAGACUUGUUCUUAGUGCUGGAGGACAUUCCUAUAGAAAUGGGGGCAUGGGCACCCAUCAUUAGGUGUUCUUCGAAUGGAGACAUAUCAUUCUUCAUAAAGCUAUACAAUGAGAUAGAGGAAACGAAGGGAGCGGGUUCCAUAGAUAAGACCAUCCUUCUGAACUGUCUUCCCGCAUUCUGUAACUAUGGGACAGACCGCAACAAUUCAAUCAAGGCGCUUCUUCAGAUAAUGAAGGCCAACAUGGCCAACAUGAAUGUCUUUAGCUCUAUCUGCACAGGACUAAGAAAACUAAUACAUUCCCACGAGAAUAAUAUCAAAAACAGCUUAAUUCUUAGAAGUCCUAUUCCACUAGACGAGUCGCAAAGAAUUCUCUCUUCAAUUCAGGAGUCUGCAAUCGCCUUGGAUAUUCUUUCGAUGGCAUUGACAAGAAGCUCUGAUGAGCUAGACCAAACUCUGUUUAAACUACUGGAAACGAACGACUUCGGGGUUUCGCACAGGAUAUUCCAAUACAUUCUUCUCUAUCCACAGAUCGAGUCGGUUUCAUUCGGGAGCUGGAACCUCGCGGGAAUUUCUGAUGCAUUGAAGGUUGCAAGAUACUUUGUCCCAACGAUGGGGUGCGACUUUGAGUUCUACAGCAAGCUCAUGGAGCUUUCUCUUUCUGAGGACGGAUGUGUUCAGAAAAGGUCGUAUCAGCUGCUCUAUUACAUGAAGCAGUACCAAAAGAUUGAUCUGUGCAUCUGCGACACGCUUUUCUCGCACGAGAUUGACGAGAAGACGAGGGAUUGCUCGCAGAAGUGGCGAAUUUCUCUCAUCUAUUCCAUUUACACGAUGGGAUGCAAGUGCUUCCCAAGCAGGAAGAAGGAGUAUCUCAACAAAAUGCUCCCAAUGCUUAUUAUAGGGCUGAAGACAGGAAAUGCAAAGACCAAAAGGAUCUGCUCGGAAAACCUGGAGGAGCUUGUAUCUGGAUUCUGUGGCCCAGACUUCGACUUCUAUUUGAGGCUGGUAACUGCUGGGAUGGGGUCUGAGAAUGUGGUUCUUAGGUGUGGGAUACUAGAGGCGUCUGUCCUGCUGAUGGAAAACCAUAAGGAAAGACUCCCGCAAGAGUUCAUCCAGUCUAUAUACGACGCAUGUCUAUGCACAAGCAAGCUUGGGAGAGAAGUUGUUCCACAUGUUCUCAAGCUUCUGAGCAUCCUUGUUGAAAUGUACCCAACGAAUCUUCAAGGAUGCCUCGAUACAUUGGAGUUGUAUGCAGAUAGGUUUAGAAGAAGACACUCCAAAGACAUCCAAUCCAUCGUGCUAAAGCUCAUGAACAGAGAUGUAGAAGUCCCAAAGAGCCUCAAAGCUCUCCUAAAGGAAAAGAGGAUAAGAAGGCCUUUGCCAACCCUGCAGAUAACAAAGAAAAACGAUGUGAUGAUCACACAAGAAAAGAAGAAGCAAAGCAGUACAUUUGUCAGGCAUAGGAAAACAAUAGGGAAGAACAAAAAGCACAAGAAAUAA